CAAAGUAAUUAAUUACAUGAAUCAGUCUUCUAUUUUUAUUUUUUUAACGUCAUAAUCCUUCAAUCAUUUACGACCGAUUCCUUCUCGAUCUGAAGAUCUGAACUACAGUAGAAAGAGGGGAAGAGAGAGAGAGAGAGAGAACUUCCAUUUCUUUCGCCUUUGUCAAGCCGUUGCCCGUUGGCGUCUCAUCCCCUGCAAAGAACAAUGGCGGCCUUCAUCAAGCUCGAAGAUUCCCCAAUGUUCCGGAAACAGGUACAUUCACUUGAGCAAACCACAGAUGAGUUAAAAGAUCGCUGCCAAAGACUUUGUAAAGGAUGUAAGAAAUUUAUGACAGCACUUGAAGAAGCAUGUGAUGGAGAUAUUGCGUUUGCAGACUCUUUAGAAGCAUUUGGUGGUGGAAAUGAUGAUCCCGUUAGUUUGUCAAUUGGAGGUCCUGUUAUAUCGAAGUUUGUGACUGCAUUUCGUGAGCUUGGUAGCUAUAAGGAACUUCUUCGCUCUCAAGUAGAGCAUAUGUUGAAUGAUCGUUUGACGCAGUUUAUGUCUGUUGAUCUACAUGGUGUGAAG